AUGGGUGACGGCUCUGGACGUCUUGUCCACCGCCUGCCCGGCUCACUUUACAACUCCCGCCAGCAGCGCCGGCUGUGUGUCCCGGGACCCGCUCCGGCCCCGGCUCCAGCACCAGCUCCAGCUCCGGCACCUUCCCCCAAAGGCUCCGGCAGCCGGGGGACGGGGAUCGCGGCGCACACGGGCUGCGCUUCCGGCACCAAGAGCAAUGGUGAGGAUGGCGGCGUCUGCCCAGAGACACCAAGAAAUUCUAAGCCGAAAGCACCAAAAACUAAGAAAGGGCCAGAGCAGAAGGUAAUCCAUCCGUACAGCAGAAAGGCUGCCCAGCUUGUGCGGGAGACACAUAAACAAGACAAGAAAGAUAAGAUAAAGAAUGUGAAGGCUGCACGUCUAAAUGUUACUGGUGAGAAACUGCUAUGGUUUCAAAGUCGUGUGGACCCCACCAAGACUGAGUACAGUAAGGAGGAAGCCUGUGAGAUUAUAGAAAAGUAUUUGCACAGAUUUGACACUGAGCUGCUACAAAUUGAAUUGGCAAAUAGUAUCAAAGGCAGACAAGGAAGACAGCACGAAGCUCGUGAAGCCAUUCUGAAACAGACCAUUGAACGUGAAAGGCUUCAGUAUCAAGAAAAUGGCUUGGAGAUUCCUGAUAUUCUCAACGUAAAGCAUCUGAAAGUCUUCAGCGAGUGGGAUGGAGAUUUAAAAAAGCUUCCAAACAUCAAAGUGAAAAAACUCUCAGUAAGAGAUUCACUUUCUAUCCAGAAAGGAAACAAAGAGGGAAAAGAAGACUCACAAGAAACAACAAAUCAAGAUGAUGUCUCAGAACAUUAAAGUGAAAAAAUAUCCAUUUGGGGAAAAUAGCUAAAACUACGUGGAAAUAGGCAAAACUCUGUGAACAUUGUGAUGGGUACAUUUGAUGCCGAGGUUGCACCGUGGAGUGUUAAUCUCUCCGAUAUCAGUCUCAAGAAAAUGCACACGUCCCCCAGAUGUGAUUAUUUUAAAAUCUCAUUUUAUAUGAUAUGACCUCCUGUUAUGAGUUGGAAAACGCUUAUUCCAUUUUGAAUUGAUAUUCUGGAAAGUGAUGAUUAAAACAGUUUUUAAAGGUCAUAUAGUUUUUCUGUCGGUCCUUUUCUGAUCGCUCAUUAAGAUUUAUUUUUGUCAUGAUCUUCCUAAAAUGGACUGGAUGCUGAAGCAGUCAGAUUAGACUUUUAAAAAUGUGUUGAUGUUGCUCUGACUCAUUGCUACCAGUUUCACAUGAUGCAGGGAUUUACUUACGAUUUUAUAUGCGAUUUAUUGAUAGAUGAGGGCAGAGACCAGAUUUUUUUACUCUAGUAACAUGGGGAGGGAUGUGUUUAUUUGCAAGGGGUUUUUUUGUCCUAUUGGUAUUAUUGUGAAAAUCAUUUUAGGUCAUUAACAUUCAAAUAUAAGAGGGAGUGUGGUUCAGGUGAGAUUGACCAGUUUUCUUAAUGUAAAAAUGUUGGCCAUUUGCAAGAAAUUCUAGGACCAGAGCACCAACCUGAACCAAAGAAAGAAUUGAAAGGGGACAAGGUUUUUCAGAAGAGUAAAUGUUAUUGGACUAGAGAAUAUUUUUUCUGCCCUAUCGAGUCUGAUCCAUGUAAACAUUAGACUGUAAUUGAACAAUUGAGUUUUUUUGAAGAAAACAAUGUAACAAAUUUUUUGAAUAAUAUAUUGGAAAAAUGAGAAAAAUAAAGCUUUUUUUUCCUCUAAAA